CCGGGCGACGUACCCAGGGGCUCGGGCGCUUCGGCUGCUUCCUGGAGCCGGUUCCCUCUCGGAACCCGACGCUCCCGGGGGCUCUAGGUGGAGUCCCGGGGCUGAGCGGGACGGGCGGCCGCCGCCGAAGCAUGCAGAAGGGGUAAGGCAGAGCCCCUCACGAUUCCACGGUGAACUGGCGUAGAGAUCAGUCUCAAGAUGCCAUUAGUGAAAAGAAACAUUGAUCCUCGGCACUUGUGCCACACAGCACUGCCUCGAGGCAUUAAAAAUGAACUCGAAUGUGUAACCAAUAUCUCAUUGGCAAACAUAAUUAGACAACUAAGUAGCCUAAGUAAAUAUGCUGAAGAUAUAUUUGGAGAAUUAUUCAAUGAAGCACAUAGUUUUUCCUUUAGAGUUAAUUCAUUACAAGAACGCGUGGACCGUUUAUCUGUUAGUGUUACACAGCUUGACCCUAAAGAAGAAGAAUUGUCUUUACAAGAUAUAACAAUGAGGAAAGCUUUCCGAAGUUCCACAAUUCAAGAUCAGCAGCUUUUCGACCGCAAGACUUUGCCAAUUCCAUUACAGGAGACAUAUGAUGUCUGUGAGCAACCUCCACCUCUCAAUAUACUCACUCCAUAUAGAGAUGAUGGUAAAGAAGGCUUGAAGUUUUAUACCAACCCUUCAUAUUUCUUUGAUCUAUGGAAAGAAAAAAUGUUGCAAGAUACAGAGGAUAAGAGGAAGGAAAAGAGAAAGCAGAAGCAGAAAAAUCUAGAUCGUCCUCAUGAACCAGAAAAAGUGCCAAGAGCACCUCAUGACAGGCGGAGAGAAUGGCAGAAGCUGGCCCAGGGUCCAGAGCUGGCUGAAGAUGAUGCUAAUCUCUUACACAAGCAUAUUGAAGUUGCUAAUGGCCCAGCUUCUCAUUUUGAAACAAGGCCUCAGACGUAUGUGGAUCAUAUGGAUGGAUCUUACUCACUUUCUGCAUUACCGUUUAGUCAGAUGAGUGAGCUUCUAACUAGAGCUGAGGAACGGGUCUUAGUCAGACCACAUGAACCACCUCCACCUCCACCAAUGCAUGGAGCUGGAGAUACGAAACCUAUACCCACCUGUAUCAGUUCUGCUACAGGUUUGAUAGAAAACCGCCCUCAGUCACCAGCUACAGGCAGAACACCUGUGUUUGUGAGCCCCACGCCCCCACCUCCUCCACCACCUCUUCCAUCUGCCUUGUCAACUUCUUCAUUAAGAGCCUCAAUGACUUCAACUCCACCCCCACCUGUUCCUCCCCCACCUCCACCUCCCACCACUGCUUUGCAAGCUCCAGCAGUACCUCCUCCUCCAGCUCCUCUUCAGAUUGCCCCUGGAGUUCUCCAUCCAGCUCCUCCACCAAUUGCACCUCCUCUAGUACAGCCCUCUCCUCCAGUAGCUAGAGCUGCCCCAGUAUGUGAGACUGUACCAGUGCAUCCACUCCCACAAGGCGAAGUCCAGGGGCUGCCUCCACCCCCACCACCUCCUCCUCUGCCUCCUCCUGGCAUCCGACCAUCAUCACCAGUCACAGUUGCAGCUCUUGCUCAUCCUCCCUCUGGGCUACAUCCAACUCCAUCCACUGCCCCAGGUCCCCAUGUUCCAUUAAUGCCUCCAUCUCCUCCAUCACAAGUUAUACCUGCUUCUGAGCCAAAGCGUCAUCCAUCAACCCUACCUGUAAUCAGUGAUGCCAGGAGCGUACUGCUAGAAGCAAUACGAAAAGGUAUUCAGCUACGCAAAGUAGAAGAGCAGCGUGAACAGGAAGCUAAGCAUGAACGCAUUGAAAAUGACGUAGCCACCAUCCUGUCUCGCCGUAUUGCUGUGGAAUAUAGUGAUUCAGAAGAUGAUUCAGAAUUUGAUGAAGUAGACUGGUUGGAGUAAGAAAAAUGCAUUGCUAAGUAUUACAAAACUGAAUGCAAAUGUCCUUUGUGGUGCUUGUUCUUUGAAAAUGUUUGGUCAUUCUAGUGUUUUGCUUUUUAUUCCUUAUAAUAAAUAACCCUUUCCUCCAUAAUUUUUGAUUUCUAAGAAAAGUAUUAGCCUACUUUUCAAAGUAAAUAUUUUACAGUGGCUUAUUUUUUUCCCUGAUAAAAUUAAUUUGAUCCAGUAAUAAACCACUAAGUAUUAAGCAUGGACAGCUGUUAGAAUAGCACAUUCAGUUUUUUUUUUUUAUAUAUCUUAAUUGUGCACUUUGUGACCUUUAAUUUAAAGAAAGCAACUGAGAUGAUAUCUUGAGGGCAGCUGUAUCUAUUAAUGAGCCUUAUUCAAUUUCUUGAUGUUUUAAAAGAAGAAACACUGCCUUGACUAUAGGAAAACAUUCAGAAAGUACAUUUAGCUUGUAGUGUUGAAUUCUCUUAAAGGAAUGCUUAAAUUUUUUUGUUACUAUUUUAUUGUUUUAAAUACUUGCCUUAUUUGAAUGUUUAGCAGUACCUCUUUCCCACUUAUAUAUUGUGUGGUACAAUUUUGCUUGCCUAUAGGAGUUUAAAAUUUUUCCAUGUAAAACUCUGAAUUAAACAUACAUGUAACUUACAUAACUGUUAAGAAUAACAGU